AUGAGCCAGCUUCCUCCGAAGAGUCCUUUGGCUUCCCCGCUGUCAGAGGGCACCAAUUCCAGGGUAGAGUCUUUGGACAACUUGUCAAUGGACAGUUUUUGGCUGGAAGUAGAGAACAUUAAACAGAGCGCUGAAGCCGAGCAAGAGGAAUGCAGCCUUGCAGAUGUCAAAACACGAGAGGAGGGAGAAGCCGAAGCCGAGUGGCUGCAGGCCGCGGGUCUGUCCGAGCUCCUCGGGGACCAUGCCUCAGAGCAGCAGAACGUGGUGCUGCUCUCCACCCUCACCAGGACCCAGGCUGCCGCCGUGCAGCGGCGCCUGGACACCUACUCCCGCUCCCGCAGGAGGAAGAGCAAGCACCCCGUGAGGGACGUCCGGGACAUCUUUGGAGGGGGCAGCUCAGAGGAGACAACAGCAGAGAAAGAGAAAUCCAGCCCAGAUCAGUUGUGGCACAAUCUACGAACUUCAAAUGGACAGAAAUCAGAAACCCAGGAUUACUCCUGCACAGUCCGAAGCCCUGGAAAAGAAGAGGUGUUCAACAUGGACAUUGCCUACUCAGAGCAAGCAGCUGUCCUGACACUCCUGCCUGAACCUAGGAGGCUGAAGGAUGGAAAUGCCCUCACUAAAUUUAAGAUCCUCAAGGGCAGACUAGGAGUGACCAGGAUUGGAGACCUGUCUGCUCAGGACAUGAAGAAGAUCCCCACAUUAGCCCUUAUUGAACUAACAGCUCUCUGUGAUAUUCUGGGCUUUGAGCUGAAGAGAAACAAAACAGCAAAACUGAAAACAACAGAGAAAAGACUCUUUGGAGUUCCACUUAACACCCUGUUGGAAAAUGACCAAAAACUGCUCCCCAACACCAAGGUCCCUCUGUUACUCCAGGCAUUGCUGUCUUGCUUGGAAAAGAGAGGACUGGAAACAGAGGGCAUUUUGAGAGUCUCUGGGUCCCAGACCAGAAUCAAGAGUCUGGAGCAGAAGCUGGAAAGGGAUUUCUAUACUGGCCUCUUCUGCUGGGAUGAAGUCCACCAGAACGAUGUAUCUGGGCUCCUGAAAAGGUUCAUAAGAGAGCUGCCAGCCCCACUGCUGACAGCAGAGUACCUCCCUGCUUUUGCUGCUGUACAAAAUAUUCCAGACCUGAAGCAAAGAUUGCAAGCUCUAAACCUCCUCAUCCUGAUUCUUCCAGAGCCAAACAGAAACACUCUGAAGGCUAUACUUGAGUUUCUUAGCAAAGUGGUUGCCAAGGAGAACAACAACAAAAUGAACCUCUGGAACGUUUCCACAGUCAUGGCCCCAAACCUCUUCAUGCACAAGGGGCUCCCAAACAAGAUCCCUGAAGGGAAGGAGAAGCAGCUGGCCGAGGGGGCGGCUGACGUCGUGCGGAUGAUGAUCCACUACCAGGAUUUGCUCUGGACUGUCUCCUCUUUUCUGGUAGCUCAAGUGAGAAAGCUGAACGAAAGCAACAGCAAAAGGUACCAGUUCUGUGAUAAGAGGCUCAAAAAUCUGUUGCGGAAGAUCCACGCUGAUAAAGACAAGGUGGAAAAGAACCAGGCAGAGCCUUCCAAGAUUGUGAAAGUCCAGGGUUCACUUCUCCUGAAGGAUUCACUAGAGGUGCAUCUGAACAGUGCAACCAGAGUUGCUGAUGUCUUGAGGCAGUUUCAAAAGAGCCUGUGCCAGAAUGGCUGGAAUAUUGUGAACACUGUCAACCUCCUCAAGUGCAACAACUCAAUGGACUGCACAAACUUGCUCCUGUUUGAAGUGGGAGGCAAUAUUGGUGAACGUUGCCUGGACCCAGACACUUACCUCUUAGACUUGUACCACACCAAUCCCCAUGCUGAGUGGAUAAUUAAGCAAAACCCAUCUUAUCCUCGGAUGUUCUAAGGGAAGCCUGAGCAAAGCAAAACCUUUGGAAGUUUUUGGAAGGCAUGGAAAAGCUUAAAGAGAUGUUCCUGGUAUAG